AUGGAGAAUAAAGAGAACCAGAACCCUUCCUACCAGGGCCACAACAAUCGCUCUCAGUACUACCAACAGUCUACUGAGCCUUCUACUGCCAUGUCUUCAAACCAAUCCUGCCAAAGCUCUUACCCUCUUCAUGUACAGCAAAGCCCCUGUGGGAGGCCAAUGACUUCACAACUCACCGGUCUCUACGCUUCGCCUUAUCAAAGAGAUUCCUUCUGCUCAAACUGCCAGCAUCCGACGAUCGCCAACAGCCCCAUUCCCAGCCACGUCUACAAUCACAGCCCAAAUAUGCACGGACCGCACACUCCCAAUCAUCAGCCGCACACGCCCGAGUGGGUAACUCAGAAGAACCCGUGGUUCAUGACCCCCGUGCGCGGGCCACACAUGGGCGCUCCGACUUCGCAUCCAUCUGCUUGCGUUCCUCCGACCUUUGACCCUUACAUGCACUCGCCGAAUAUUUAUCAGUCUCCGAACUACAUGCAAUCUAAUCAAGGCCUCUCUUCCAUGAUUUACGCGACGCCUCCUCCUUUGACUAACCAUGGCCAGAAUACUCGCUCCUACUGUCGCCCCAACAAUGUUCAUCAUCCUCAAGUUCAGCCUUCCCAACAAGCGAAGUCAUUAACCGAAUCGAUGAGCAACCUUUAUCUUCGCUCGGCUCCUCCCGGGUUUCCGCCGAUUCCAGAUUCGAAAUCCUCUUCUUUCUUCCACACUCAUCACUUAGACAAAAUGAAUUAUGCGACGAAUCUAUUCAACAAGUCUUCUGUUGACAACAGGGUUCCAGUGGAUCAAAUGGAAAUUGCCGGUGUUUUCUGGGACAUUGAAAACUGCGCUGUGCCGCAUCAGAAGAGCGCCUUCGCCCUUGUUCAGCGAAUCCGCGAGCGAAUGUUCACUUACCUACGCGAGGUAGAAUUCAUGGUCGCCUGCGACGCCAGCAAGGAGACCAAAGCCGUGAUGGACGAGCUCAACAGUGCGCAAGUGAAUAUUGUCCACAUCAAAGGAACAGCGAAAAACGCAGCGGACGAAAAACUACGACAGGCGAUUCGCCGAUUUGCCGACGAGCAUCCUCCUCCAGCUACUAUCAUCAUCAUAACUGGCGACAUCAACUUCGUGCCCGACAUCGCUGACCUAAAUAAUCGGAAGAAAUAUAAUGUUGUUCUUAUUUACCCAGAGCAGGCUCCUGAUCCGCUAAUUUACGCGACAAGCACACGAAUAAGUUACGCCGAGUUCGCACUUGAUCUACCGCCGCGCAACUCCAUUCAAGAUUGCGAACUGAUGGUCGUUGUAUCAAAUCUGCCAACAACGCAGCACUUACCUAAAUCGGCCAUUCGAAACCGACUGAGUCAGUUGUUCGAGAAUACUGGCGGCCGGGUUCAGCACGUCUUCGGCAAAAGCGCGUCCGUUAGCUUCCGAAAUCAUGACAUGGCCAGACGCGCCUUGAAGCGGCUCGAUGGAGAAGAUGUCUUUGGAAACAAGAUAACUAUAAGGGAAAAGGCGAUAUUCACAGAAGAAGAACAGCGUCGAAAAGGUUACCGCCAAAUGGCCCAAAUUCAAAAUAGCCUGUCUUCGUCAAUGCCACCCGAUUACGGCUCCUCGAAUUCUAGCUACGCUCCAAGCUACGCUUCUGCUCUGAGCGGAAGUUCCAUCAGUAAGGCGCGGCAGCUGACGAUUGCGAAACCUCCACCAGUUCCGCAGCAAUUGGCCGAUGGAGUCAAGCUGACAAUCACGAACAUUGAUGCCGCUCUAGGAGAAGAAGGCAUCAAAGAAGCGCUGACGUCGAAGAUCCACAAGUGUUCGCAGAUCAUUCGCCUCGUCAUCCAGCCCUACAAUCGCUUCACCAUGACCGCCGACGUCGUUGUUCCCAACAUGACCGACGCAACCAGCGUGCUUGAGUCCUGUCAACGCGCGCGCCUCGGCAAGAAGCGUAUUCUAGUGACGCUAACCCAACAAUCCGACAUGCGAAUGAACGCAUUCCGCGCGAACGUUUCCUACCUCAUCCAAGACGGCAACGCUGUGUCGCUCUCUGAACUGCAGGCCAAGUACAACGAAGUUUUCCACGACCCGACAGCGUGCACGCUCGAGAAUCUCCGACGACUGGGCCCUGGAUUUUUGAAAAUUGAAGAGUCCGUCUGGUCACGUGGGCGAAAUCCCUGCGAGAGCUGUCAGACUGGUACGCCUUGCCGCCUCUGCAAGCACGAUUUGGACCAAAUCAACGUGCGCCUGGCCACUCCGAUUCGCAAGAAGCCACCAAACCUACGAAACAUUCCUCAAUCCCCCUUCACUGUCUCUCAACCACACUGCGACCGUCACGUGCAAGUCGGCGUUCCCGUUUACGAUGCAUCAAUGGUCAAAGUCAACUGUUCACUGCGCGAAUUCGCAGCGAAACUUCACUCACUACUGGCAAACCACCACGGCAUUCUCCCACUCUGCUCACUCAAUAUUUGCUGGCAAGAAGAGUUCCAGCACUUUCCCGAAGUCAGCGGCGAAAAUUCAGAAGGCGUCUACCUCGAGCAUUUGGCGUCUUUCGUCCCUGGCGUCGAAAUAAUCACCUCUCAUCAUGGACACAAGAUCAUUUCAUGGGCUCAAACAGGAUCUUCAACCGACGGAGACACUGAAUCUGUUUCCUCGUCGUCGACGACCUCGAGUCGACCAAGAGCACCUCUCGGGGACCCAUCGAUCGUCAACUUUGGCCGCGAAUUGACAGAGCUUCUCAAGGAGCACGACGGAUCAGCAGUCGCUCUUUCUCAAUUGAACACCGUAUUUUCUGCGAAGUUUGGCAAGGUUCCCUUCCGACCCGGCGUUCCACCAGUUCAACAACUCGCCAGAUUGAGUCACGUGGUCCAAGUGCUCGGUCCUGAAGGUGCGCAAAAGCGAGUCAUCACCCUCACUCACAGAGCACAAGUGAAAAGAUUCACUCAAGAAACGGUGAAGAUUCUCAAAUCGCUGUCGGACAGGAAUUGCUACGCGUCCGAAUACCCACAACUCUACUCGGAUCACUUCAAAACGAACUUCCGUUUGUCGGACUUUGGCGUGUGCGACUUGGCGGAUCUGCUGUCCGACGUACCCGAGGGACACUUGGAAACGACCGGAGAGGGGCCUGAUUUAUUAAUCUCGCUGCCGAAGAAGAAUCGGACAUCAGAUGAAAUCCAGCGCACGAAAAAGUUCGGCAGCGAGGUCGCCGAGCUGCUCAGCGAUUGCGACAAGUUCAGCCUCCCAUUUACCGCAUUUGUGCCACACUACCACCAUCACUUUGGCAGGCAGUGUCGCUUGAGCAACUAUGGAUUCACCAAACUUCAAGACUUGUUUGAAGCCAUUCCUGAUAUUGUAACAAUCGACGAAAUACCGAACGACAAGAGACUGAGCUUGACGAUAAAAGAAAAAAUGUCGAUCCUUACGCGGCAGACAGAAAUGCUCCUCGACGAAAACAGGGAUUUGACGCUGCUCGACUUUGCCGAUGUUUACAUGAGAAAGUUCAAUCGUCGACUUGAACCGACUCUUUUCGAGGAGCCGUCUAUCAGGUGCCUCCUGGAUCGAAUGAGCUCUAUCCUCCUUCUCGAGCCAUGCAUAAAGUCGCAAAGGUGCUACCUUCGCCGCGUUUCCAAAGAACAGCACAACAACUUCUUAACUCUUCGAAAAGACCUCCUCCGCGCCCUCCUCUCCAGCGAGUUCUCCCAGUUCAUCGAGUCCGAUCUUCUGCAGUCUCGAUACGAGCAAAUCGCCAAGACCAAGUUCGACUCCUGCGACUACGCCGAAAACAGCUCCUUGCCGUUCCAAGAGCUGGCUCGCCGCGCCAUCUCCGAAUUCAUCUACAGCGACGAGCAUCCAAAAGGUUUCCAGUUUCGAGGGGUGUUCUUCGAAGCGCGCCGGCUUUGGAAACUCUUCCACGACCAGGAAGCCCAACACGACUGGGCCUACGACCCUAAAAAGUCGAAUUUUCUCAAUGCCAUUCAAGUCGAAUUCCGUCACAAAUAUCCAUCGGUGCCGACGAACACCAUCCGCGAAAUAAUGGACAUUCUCAGUCCCAUUCUCAACCUCCAAAAGCAAGCCAAUCCAUUGUUCGGCUUCAAGGCUCCUCGAAAAGACUUCAGAAUCGGUUAA